AAUAGGACAAUUGUAGGCCUUAGUAAUAUUUUCAUGUUACGUUAACGGAACAUUUGUCAAAUUUUAUAUCUAUCUUCAUCACUGUCCUCGAUCAUAUUGUUGAAAAGCUUGAAAACUAUUUUCAAACAUAAAGCUUCUUAUGUGAAGAAUUGAAGAUGAAUUUCAGUGAUUCAACUACCGAUAUUGUGGAAAUUAGGAACACGACUGCACAAGUUUAUCAAAAGCCAUUUGGCGACGAAGCUGUUAUAUUGGCCGGUAUCAUCAUAUUUACGUUCGUUACUAUUGGAUUGACUUUGAACAGUUUGACCAUAGCAGUGAUACGAAGAACACCUCAACUUCAAAAUAUUUUCAUGUCCUUCAUUGUUUCCCUCUGCGUUUCUGAUUUGUUGUCUGCGACGAUCAGUCCGUUAUUUUGGUAUCGAAGAACAUUGGGGUUCGAUGUUUGGAAUCUUCCUAAUUUCUUUUGCAAGCUGUACUGGUCUGUCGAUAUUUUGACGUCAUUUUCUACCUCGAUGCACAUCUUAAACUUUGCUAUCCUGAGAUAUAUUUCAAUCAAACAUGCACCGACAUUUGGAAGAAUUAGUAUGAGAAUGGGAAACAUUUGGAUUGCAACUAUUUGGUUUAUUGCCUUCACAUGUGGAUUCAUCCCAUUCUGGAUAUUCUUUGGAGCAGAACCCGGCGUUGAACGAGAUCGAUUCAGUGAUGCCACAAAUGCGAAAUGGCCGGCAUGUACGUUGGAAUUGACUUGGGAAAAGCAUUACACGUUAUAUACGUACAUUGGAUACACGAUGUUCCUACUGGUACCGAUGGCCGGAGUUAUCAUAAUAUCAAUACUAAUAGCAAAAGCGGUGCAUUCUCACUCGGUUUCUUCAGUGGUUACGAAUGACCAUGCGAUGAAAAGAAGAUUACGAAAGGAGAAACAGGCUGUCUUGCAACUUGUACUAAUUGUUGCUUCGUUCAUGUUUGGAUACAUUCCUUACGUCACUUACGAAAUCUGGUCUCUGACAUCUUCCAAUCCCGUCGCCGAUUACUGGUUCGGACUGACGGAAUAUUUUUGUCUGAGAUUUUCGGAAUGUAUGAACCCGAUUUUUUACAACGUCAGUUCAUCAAAAAUGCGAAGACACACGAAAAGGUUUUUGAAAAAAUUAUGCAGAUGUUUCGAUGCCAUCAAACCAUCUACGAUAGUGUCUAAUAGCUUUGGUCCAUCUUCUACAUCCACUAGCGCUGAUGGAAACAAUCGAAUGGGAGUGUGAUAAACUGUGAAACUAAAGAUUCAAACUCUACUGAGAAAUUAUAUGGUAGUCCCAUAAAGUUGUAAAAAUGUUGAUAAAUCCCUAAAAUUAAUUUUGAACACUGUAUCUUAAACGUAUUUUUAUAUUAUAUAUACAAGUUCCAAAUCAUUUCCUCUUAGUUAUUCAUUUAUUUUAUCUUAUAUAUCUGGAAAGACUUUAUUGGCAAUACAAUAGUUACUGAAUCAUCUUAUUUACCCCGCCAUGGCUUGAUAGGAUACAAACACAAAUUUUAUAGGAAAACUGCUUUUCCUGUUCACUAUAUGGUUAGUACCAUUUUCAAAUGACAAAGGAAGUAUGUUCAGUAAGUUUACUUUUAGUUAUGGUCUGCAUCCAAUUUCGUAACAUAUAGUUCUUUCUUAUAAAAUUGUUGAAUUUUCAUAAUAUAAUUAUCUAUCGCGGAAAAUGAAAUAAAAUGCUUUUUUUGAGUUGUAGAAGUCUAAAAUAUUCCCUUUUCCAAAACAAAAAAACAAAAGACAACAAUUUUAUAUAUGAAAACUAGGCAGGCUCACGUGCUUGAUAUUGUUCUGAUCGAUGAAGCAAUAUUUCCCCUAAAUAUAAGGUUCAGUGUUUAAGAGAAUCUUUUUUGGGCAUCGGGUAAUGUGGUGCACCAAUCCCACUGUGAAAUAUUUGACCCACGUUCAACACUGAGCUUCGACAGUAAGUUAAGUGAAUUGUUCCAUAAGAUCGAUAAAUCAAUAAAGUGAUUUCAAAUUAUCAACAAGUUGCAAUACGCCGGUAUUAAAUAUUUAUAGUUUCAAUGCAUCUGUUACAAUGACGCUCAAUUAAAUUCUGAUACCUUAUUUAACCUCCAGGUUGGUUGUUAUACUAUUCGAAACAAACAUUACAAAAAAGUAAGAUGUUUGCAUAGAAAUGACACCACGGAAGUGCGUUUUAUAUAGAAUCAUCACCAGUCCUAAGAUUGAAUUCGACCUGCUUUCCUCUGACUCCUAUUUUGAAGACCCAGCAGGCAGAAUCUUGGCAACAGCUAAA